AUGUUUAGUGAUAUGGUUUGUUCGAAAAUAUUCUGUUCAGAGAUUAUUAUUGAAUAUUUACUUGAAAAUUAUAUUGUCUGGCCAUGGGAUAUAACAGUUGAAUCAAACAGAAAUAGGUUGAUACAAGUCUGGGAAGAAAUGUUUUCUACUCAAGUAUUGAAUGUUUUUCCGGUUCAACAAUAUCCAAUGUUUAUUGGUAUUAUGCGACGAUCUUCAAGAAACAAACACUGGUCAAAAACAUCUGAAUAUGAAUUCACAUCAUUAAUCAAAGAUGAUGUAAUAAUAGGUGCUGAUGACAAACCAGCUCGUGAAAUAUUAUUACAUGAAUUGAUUGAUUUCAAAGAAAAGUAUGAUGAAAAUGAACAAGCUUUAGUAAGUUGA